UUUACAGUUCCUCCUUGCCCUCCCUCUCUCUCCACAGCUAGCCAGCAUUAUGAUGAUAUCUGCAGGAAGCCUUAGGUUGCCAAAGAUACUCCAUCCAGUCUACAAGCACUCAGCACAGUGCAGCAAUACUGAAGAGCUGGAGCUUAGGGGAAGUACACUGGUAGCUCCAAGGACAUCUCAGUCAGUAGCUGAACAAGUAAAACCAGGCAAUAUCACGAGGCCACACUCAAUACUAGUAUCAAGACCUACUACAGUGCCUAGGAUCCAGAAACACAGGCCACCUUCAUCUACACUCAAUCCUAACCAACUAAUGGAUGUAGUGUCAGAUAAACUGAAAGGGAAUGGAUUCUUUAUAAUGAGGAACACUUUCAAUGCAUUUGAUCCAGACAAUAAAGGAACUGUAACAAGAGAAGCACUGUACAGGAUACUAUGCAAUCUAUUGGGAGGAAUAUCCCAAUACCAAUACCAAAGAUUAUUGGAAAAGAUAAGGCUUGCUGACAAAAAGGUGAUAUCUUUUAAUGAGUUCUACAGCAGAUUCCGUGUGAUUCCAUCAAGAGAGCCUCACUGGCUGGACAGAGUAACACACCAUGGGCCGAGAUACAUAUCAGCAGAAUAUGUACACUCAAUGCUUGUUGCAAGAGCUAAACAAUGUGUCCAUAAUUUAUCUGAUUUCUUGCCAAAAUGGAAAGGGCUGCAAGGGCAGUUAGACGUAGCAGAUUUUAGGAAUAUUCUAAAUUCAUUGUCACUGGGACUGAACAAUGAACAGUACAAGAAACUGUGGAGCAAAUAUGAUCCUGGAGCUAAAGGAUAUGUCAGUGGAGAAGAACUGCUGUCAAAGUUAGGAGUUAAGACUCUAGAGCAAGCAACAAAUAAAGGUGUAGUAAUGAGAGGUAAAGGUAUCAACAGUAAAGAAGAUGGAGCUGGUAAGACUAAUGGUGACUCACCAGUUCCUUCAGUGACACUAGAGACCACGCUAAGUGAUAAAAUUAAUUCACUUCACAACGAAUUCAUUAAAAAAGAUACUACCAGCUCUGGAAAGGUCAAUGGUGAUGCUGUUCAUGGGUGUCUACAGCACAUUGGGAUAUUAAUAACUCGAGAUCAGUGUUACCACAUGUUGAAUAGACUGGGGUAUAAUCCAGAGAGACCAAUUAAUUAUAAUUCAUUAAUUAAAACCCUAUCCACUCAUUCCAUUAUUGGCCUCACUCAUGCUGUACUUACAGACACAACACAAAGGUUCAGAGCCAGCAGUCCCAGACACGCUUGUGUGUCCACACCUGAUGCUGAAGCUACUUUAGUCUGCAAACUACACAAUGACUUACUGAAACUUGUAUCAAAACUAAAGGCACAUGAUCCUAAAGGAACAGGACUGAUAUCAAAAGAUAUCUUCAUCAAUAUUGUUAAAGGUUUCUUGCCAGAGGACUCGUUGGGAUCCCUGGAGUCUCUCAUUGUCAAUAAGCUUUUAGCCGAUGAUGAAGUGGAGCAGGAGAGGGAGGGAGGAGAGCAGCUGGUGAUGUAUACUAAAUUCAUGUCACUUUUUGAUAAAAUGACAAAACCAGCUGUGAAGCAGCUGCAAUUAAAAGAGGAGGGCAGUCUGGCAGCUGGAGAGGAAAGAGGAGAGUCCAGCAAUAAAACCGAUACCAACAUUAAAGAAGUACGAGACAAGCUAAUCAAAUACUGUCGUACAGCACCUGGUACUGUAAUGAACGCUUAUGAAAUACUGGAUCCUAAAAACACUAACAGGAUAUCACAAGAAUUAUUCCAACAGAUAAUGUUCAGGUUAGGGCUAAGUGCUGAUGGAGAUGUUACUAACGCUCUCUGGAGUGAAGUGUUGAAAAAUAAAGAUGGAACGAUCCACCCACACGAACUGAUAAGACACUUUGAUAAGAGACAGAAUAAGCAAACUGAUGUCACUCCAGUUUGGCUCAGAGGUGAUGACAGUCACUACGUUCGAUCAAAGUAUUUGGACAGAGACAUAGACAUUGUCAUGAAGAGUUUAAACACUAUGUUGUCAUUGUAUCAAAAACCAAUCAGAUCAUAUUUCAUAUGCAACGACCCAAGUGGGACUGGUCUGGUAACUAGUGAGAUAUUCCAACAGCUGGUACUUUCGCUCUGCCCCCAACUGAGCCAAGAAGAACUGCUGCACAUCACUAAGAAAUUUCAAGACUCGGCAAACAUGAUUAAUUACACGGCUUUAUUAAAGGGGCUCCCCUCUAUACAACCGGUUUAUAAAACUGGUAAUGAUCUUGCUACACUCCUGUCUCAUUCGCCAGCUCCAACCGUCAACCUACCCUUCUUGUCACUCCCAAUAACCUCGCCACCACAACACGGACUGCCAGGAGUGAAAGUGAAGCUACAAAGAAAAUUAUUGGAGAAAUGGUCGGAAUUCAAGCGUAACUUAGUCAAAAUGGACCCUCUUGGCACAGGGCAUGUAAACGUGAAAGAAUUCCGCCAAAUUCUGAGCAAUUUCAACAUCAGUCUCUCCCGGGAAGACAUGUACUACAUACUACAGGAACUGGACCCACUGCUGACUGGGAAGAUUAACUAUGCCAUGUUCUUACAACUGUUGCUAGGGAGACAGUGAAAAUGAUGAUGUAAUGAUGAUGACACAAAAUUGAACAAACACAUUAUGGUGUACAUGUAACAAAAAUAGAACACACAAAUUUCAAUAAUCCCUUGAUUAGAAUAAUAAUAAUAAUAAUAAUAAUAAGUGAA